CUCGGCAGGCCCGGCCGGGGGAGGGGUCGCGGCGGCGGCGGCGGCGGCGGCGGCGUCAGCGGCGGCCCGGGCGGUGGGAGCCGAGGCGCCGGGGCAAGAUGGCGGCGCGAGUGCUGCGCGCCGGCGGAGCGGCCUCGGCCGGCGGCUUCCUGCGGCGGGCCUGCCCCUGCGGCCUCCUGCCCGGGCUCCGGAAAUUGGCGUCUUCCAAUAACAGACCUCGAGAGGACAGCUGGUUAAAAUCCUUAUUUGUCCGGAAAGUUGAUCCAAGGAAAGAUGCUCACUCUAAUCUCCUAGCCAAAAAGGAAACAAGCAGUCUGUACAAAUUACAGUUUCACAAUGUUAAACCGGAAUGCCUAGAAGCAUACAACAAAAUUUGUCAAGAGGUGUUGCCAAAGAUUCAUGAAGAUAAACAUUACCCUUGUACUUUGGUGGGAACUUGGAACACGUGGUAUGGCGAGCAGGAUCAAGCUGUUCACCUCUGGAGGUAUGAAGGCGGCUAUCCAGCCCUCACAGAGGUUAUGAGUAAACUCAGAGAAAAUCAGGAAUUUGCAGAAUUCCGUAAGGCAAGAAGCAACAUGCUUCUCUCGAGGAAGAAUCAACUGCUGUUGGAGUUUAGUUUCUGGAACGAGCCUGUCCCACGGUCAGGACCGAAUAUAUAUGAACUCAGAUCUUAUCAACUCCGACCAGGAACUAUGAUUGAAUGGGGCAAUUACUGGGCUCGCGCAAUUCGCUUCAGACAGGACGGUAAUGAAGCAGUUGGAGGAUUCUUCUCCCAGAUUGGGCAGCUAUACAUGGUGCAUCAUCUUUGGGCUUACAAGGAUCUUCAGACCAGGGAAGAUAUACGGAACGCAGCAUGGCAUAAACACGGCUGGGAAGAACUGGUGUAUUAUACAGUCCCACUUAUUCAGGAAAUGGAAUCCAGAAUCAUGAUCCCACAGAAGACCUCACCCCUCCAGUAAAGCUACGGAAUUUAGAUGCGCCUACAUAAAUUUAUGUGACAAGUACUUGUCAUAAAUUAAUUUGAACUGUAUAUCAAGUGAAAGAAGAAACACUGAAGUGUAAACUGCUGUAUAUAGCUUGUAAGAGACCUCUUUUCUUUAAAAUUUACAUUAUCACAAGAAAGUAAACUAUUACAGUUUGGCUGAUAUUGUAACAGUGCUCUGUAGUCCUCUGAAACAUCCCUGUAUUUGUCAAAUAUACUUUAUAAUGCCAAGCCACCUCUCCCCACCCUCCAGGAAAAGAGGGCCCAAAUUAAAACUGGAAUCAUCUCCAAAUAAGAAUCUAACCAUGGAAAAAAAGUUAGCCAUUUCUUUAUAAAAAGCAAAUCUGUUUUAUAAUUACAGAUUUUUAGACAGAUUUCUUGUAUCAGGAAGAAAUAUAAAUUUUGUCAUGUUUCUGUAGCAUUUUUUCUGAGUCUCGGACUAGGAACAAGUUAUGUGUACCCAAUACCUGCAAAUGUUUUACUUCACUCUCAUUUCUAAUGUCAACAUAGUAAAAACAGUGUGUCAUUACAGAGCUGGAAGUAGUUGAUCAGUAAUUCAGUCUCCACAUUGUGUAUUGUGAUGUCUUUAUACGAGAGGAAAAAAUGGCUUGAACCUGUGUAUCAUAUGUGACUUUGAAAUGAACACCUUGAAUAGCACUAAUUUUUAUUUGUAAUAUUUUUCUAUAACAAAACAAGUAGCACUAGGAAAAGAGGUUUUAUUUUGUAAACAAUCAUCUGUGACCUCAGACAUUCUCUGGUUAAUAUUUUAGUAAGCUCACAGCAGAUUCUUCCAAGAUCAUGUAUGAGGAGUGGUGCAUGUUGAGAUUUAAAUUGGCAUAAAGUUGCAUACUUUGUCUAGCUCUGAUUUAGUUUUUUAAUAUAGUGUGCCAAUUUUGUGACUGUAAUCAUGUGUAAGUCCUGUUGAAAUGAAAAACUAUGUCUGACCCCCAUAUCACAGAAUUUGUUAAAGUGUGAAUAACUCAUAUCAAAUGUCAAGCUUUUACAUGUGAAUGGUUUUCUCCAAGAACAUAUAAAAGUCAAUAAAUUCCUCUUAAUUUUCACAUA